CAUCAUAUCCAUGUGUUUCUCAUAUCCAUGUGUUGUAUCUGGUUUUGCAGCCUUGUUCACCAUUAUAGCCAUAGACUAAAGUAACCCUUUUUCUGGACAUUCCCUUUAAGGAUUCAGUUUCUGGAGAUGUGAAUAUCACGGCUUCUCCUUUUCCCCCCUCAGGUGUCCAAGAGAUCCAGUGCACGUUGGACGACCGUAAAGUUUUCCUCCACGAGCUCUCAGACGUCAGCUUCAGCGAGUGCAAGUUCUCCUUAUCUCUGACCGAUUUCUUGAUCAUUAUAUUCUCUGGAGUCGCCGUUUCCAUUGCUGCCAUUUUCUCGAGUUUCUUCUUGGCCACCACCGUGCACUGUUUCCACAGAUGUGCGCCGAGCAAGGAUGAAGAUGAGGAUGAGGACGAUGACUAAGACCCUUCACCGGCUUUGUCUCAAUGUCUUCACCUUGUGGGACCCCAAAACUACAAUGGCCCAUUGGUUAUAUAGGAUAAACUGUGUUCAUUGUAGAACAGAAAGGCCAAACUGGAAAAUCGGCUUAAAGGGAACCUGUCCCAUUAUAAAUGGCGUCCAAUCUGUGGGCGCCAUGUUAUAGAGCAGUAGGAGCUGAGAAGAUUGACAGAUAGUCUUGCAAAGAUAUUUUGCCAUUUAUCCAUGUAAAGCUAGGAUCAUUCUGGGCUAAGGAGUAAAUAGGGCAUUCCUACUUACAGCUCUCUAUGUGCACACAUAUUCACAGAUAGCUGUAGGACCGCCCACAUGACUCAUUAGACCAAAAUGAGAAGAGGUAACCAUGAAUAAAUGAAAAGUUAUCCCGGAACUUUCUUCUGCUGUUUAACAUGGCGCCCACAGAUUGGACUACAUUUUAAUAAUGACAGCUUCCCUUUCAUAGUAGAAGACACCUAAAUGGCACCCUGAUGGGGUUUCCACAGGUGAGCAGACACUUUACAGAGCCCCAUGGGCCUCCUCAGUCCGGGAAGAUGCCAAUUCUUGAUCUGUCUUUAUGGCAUGUAAGAAAAUAUUUUAAGAUGGAUUUCCUCUUUAAUUCCUUAUGGUGAAACCAUAUUCUAGUGUUAAACACCAAUUUACAUGGCAAACCAUAAGAGCCCUGCUAUGUGCUGAUAAGGUCCGACAGAACAAAACUUACCCGUCCACAGGAAGGAGCAUCUAGUCAGCGACUACCUGAGUCAUGUCCUGACUCUUGUAUAUGGUGUGCAGGGUGGGGCACAGACACAUGGUAGUAGAGUGCAUUUCCUUCUGCUUUGUGGGCUACAAUUUCCUCCAUUGUCUUCCAGCCAAAUGCUUCUCAGCAAACCUCCGCCCCUCAGUCGCCCCUCAGUCGCCCCUCAGUAGGCCUCCAUAAACCCUGGGUAGGAUUUCCCUUCAUGCAUCAUUUACUGCCAGACUGAGCUUAAAGGGUUUGUCCUGUCAGAUCCUAAUUUAUUUAACCUUUAUGACGCAUCAGAAAAGUAAGUGAGACCCUGAUGUCUAUUGUUUGGACCGUGGCUUAGAACGAGAUGUCCCAGAUCCCAGUUCUUGGCUGGAAACUAGGACCAUGGAGGGUAUUGAACGGAGAUGGUGAAGACGUCCUAAUAUUGUAGAAGACUGAUGUUUUCUGUCGACAUUGUUCAUUAACAGUUUUGCGGUCCUGUUGGCCGACGGUUCGGAAGGGUCCAAGUGGCACGGUUCCGGUGUUCGAUGGUUCGGUUGCUGUUCAAGAAAUUCGCAUAAAGAAAGAGGAAGAGGAUCUACAAGCAGCCCCCUUUUAUAGCAGCCAGUCAGGCUGGGAGGGGAGGAGUGUACAAGGGACUGCUGGGAAUUGUAGUUUUUUGUUUUGAAAAAAUUGCAUGAUGUUUCUGCUAUGAGCAUUAAAGAAAGAAAGAUUAAUGCAUAAGAUACUCGCCUCCUGUCUUCAUAUAACUUAUAUUUUCCGUCACAAGCUAGGAAAAUCUCGAUUUAUAGAGAGGAAGCCUAUCCAGACCCUUCUCUAGUAUCUCCAUAUAUAUAUAUAUAUAGAAAUAAUAUACAGUUAUAGAGAGGAAGCCUAUCCAGACCCUUCUCUAGUAUCUCCAUAUAUAUAUAUAUAUAUAAAUAAUAUACAGUUAUAGAGAGGAAGCCUAUUCAGACCCUUCUCUAGUAUCUCCAUAUAUAUAUAUAUAGAAAUAAUAUACAGUUAUAUAUCAGACAGGAGGCUCAUAUCUUAUGCAUUAUUCUUUCUUUAAUAAUGCCCAUAGCAGAACACUUUGGUAUUCAAUUUAAUAAAAGAAAAAACUACAACUCCCAGCAGUCCUAGGGCCACAGUAGUCACUCCUCCUCCGUAGCCCCUAUAUAAGGACUGCCCCCAUAUAGAUCUUCCUCUUUCUUUCUGCUCAUGGCAGACCCAAGAUAAGUAUACUCCAUAUUCAAUAAUUAUACUUUCUAUUCCUAUAAGUGAUGUUACUCUAUAGGUGAUAUAUUCCAUAGGUGAUAUUAUUUUAUAGGUUACUGUAGUAAUACCUUUUUCUUUUACCCUCUGUACUUCUUCCCAGCGCCGGUUUACCCCGAUUCUGGGCUCCUUUUUCUCCCUGUCGCCGCUCCGGCGUUUUCCGUUACUCCUGCGAUUAGAUCGCGAUUAGUUCGCGAUUCUCCCCCCCCCCCCCCUCUUUUCGCCAUUUUGCGCUUCUCCUCCGAGUUCGCGCGCGCGGGCUGGGGGCGGGGUUUUCUCCCUCUGGCUGGCCGCUUUCACUGCGGCCGGCUCUCAGUAAAGGGGCGGCACCUCCGCGAUCUGCGAUCUCCUAUUAGGACUCAGAGGAACGUAGUCUCGCGAGACUUCGUCCCCUGAGUGUAAAACUCCGGGCUCCCCUCCCACCGCACGACAGUGCUUCGCCUGCGGUGUGGAGGAUCGGAACCCGGUACUGUGUCUCAAUAGGUAGUGUAGUUGCCCCACAUUGUCUCCCUGCGGAUCGGAAUUUAUUCCGCCUCCGUGUAUAUUAGGCAUUCUUACUCCUUAGUUCCCCCCUUUUUAACACCCUGUUACCAUGGCUGAGGAACCUUCACCUGCCCCUCUCAGAAGUGAACCCCUCUCUCUGGACUCGGCACAUUUUAUGUCCGCCACCCAGAUUCAGGACCUAAUUAACAGGUCGGUCCAAGCAGCCCUGGCCUCCUCCAUGUUGCCCUCUGGCCCGCAUCAGCCGGGUCCCCAUGCCCCAGUCCCUUCUCUUCACGGUGGAGAGCCACAGAUAAAGAAGGGCAAAGCUUCCCAUAAAAGGAAGCAUACCUCUGACUCCCCGGCAGGGGAAGAUAAUAAUAUGCUCCAGGCAGCCCCUACCCCGGUCUGCCAACCCCAGCAUGCUUCAGACUCCGCUCGACCCCUGGGCCUCGGGGAGUUACGUGGCAAGAGGCAUAAGUCCGCUAGGCGGGCAAAACCCGAUUCAUAUGUGGACUCCUCUACUGAGGAUUCUUCGGGUUCUUCCAAUGAGUCUGAGGACUACGAGUCCAAUCCCAAUAUGGAAGAUGCUGGGGAUACGGCGCUCGACUCCGACGCCAACCCUGCCACGCAGGGCAAGGUUAUCCUAGAUGCCCUAGGAGAGCCCCUGUUCCACCCAGACGCAAUCUCUCACCCGAGAUCAGGCGACUGGUCACCAUUCCCCCAUGUGGCCCAAUAUGUAGAACUCUGGGCACGCAAGUCUCUAGAUAGGUCCAGCCGCAAUAAGCUGAGGGCCGAAUGCCCUAGACCUUUCAUCCCCAAUAGAGUGGUGGACACCCCUGAGGUGGAUCCCAUCCUGAUGAAGUAUCUGUUGAAAUCAGGUAAAUUCACCAAGAAGGGCAUAGAGCGCUCCUUCAAAACUAUACAGGAGCGUAUCCUCGACUUAAUGGGUCCCCUCACUAAAAUCCUAAACUUAGCGGAGCACGCUGCUGCAACGGACGAACCCGUGGACGUCCGUCAGCUCCGUGGGUGGGCUCAGAGAGCCAUUUGCCUGGCAGGUACGGCCAACACCACCUGCUCAGUUGAGAGGCGCCGGUCGAUCCUUAUGCGCCUCGACCCUCAACUGUCCCACCUGGCCGAGACCGAACCGGGUCCCUCGGCAGCAGGCAUGCUUUUUGGGGACAGUCUGAUGAAAGACGUCAAUAGAUUCGUUGGCCUCUUUACGGGCUUAGAUAAGGCCCAAAAUUCCUUAAAAAAAUCGGGGUCCUCUAAAAUUUUUCCCCGGGCCGGCAGAAGUAGAGGCCGAUCUGCCGGCCGUUCUGCUCCCUACAGGCCACAGGGCAGAGCUUUCGCCCAAUACCAAUAUCCACAGACCCCCCCUUCAUACACAGUACCCGUGGUUCAACCAUCACCAUUCUUCCCUCCUCGAGGCCGUCCCUGGAGAGGUCGUGGCGGACGUGGAUACCCCCGUUCUCGCCCUUCUACCGGUGAGUGUACCUUCUACUCCUCAGUCUCACAUACCUGUGGGGGGUCGACUGAUGUAUUUUUCCCACGCCUGGUCUGCGAUUACAGCAGACGCAUGGAUUCUUCAGACAGUGGGGGGAUUUCACAUAGAAUUCCAAUCCUUGCCGAUGCUGGGUGUCAUCCCACACCCUAUUCACUUUUCCGACCAAAACGUUGUCCUCAUAGACAACGAGAUACGGGAUCUCCUGUUCAAGCAUGCGAUCGUGGAAUCCGAUCCAUCUUCCCUAGGGUUCGUAAGCAACCUCUUCCUCGUGAAGAAGAAAGGGGGCGGCUAUCGUCCGGUCAUAAACCUACGAGACCUAAACCAACAUGUCACGUAUCGCCAUUUCAAGAUGGAGGGGAUCCAUUCCCUCCGGGACCUCCUGAUGCCAGGAGACUGGCUGGUGAAGGUGGACUUGAAGGACGCCUACCUCACAGUCCCCAUUCACCCAGAGUCACAACAGUUCCUCCGUUUCCUUUGGAAAGGCCGCAUGUGGCAAUUUACCUGCCUCCCGUUCGGCCUAUCGUCCGCCCCGUGGUGUUUCACCAAACUGAUGAAACCGGUGGUAGCGGCUCUGAGGAGCAGGGGGGUUCGUCUGAUCAUUUACUUAGACGACCUUCUCAUCAUGGCCCAUUCCAAAUCUCAGGCCUCCCUUCACAUGUCAUGGGCGAUAUCACUACUGCAUUCUCUGGGCUUCAUAAUCAACCGAGAAAAAUCGGUCCUGACUCCAAGUCAGGAGAUGGAGUUCCUGGGUUUCUUGGUGGACACCAACCGCGCACUACUGCGACUUCCCAAGUCCAAAUUAGCCCUGAUCCGCAAAGAAAUCAGGGCAGUUUUGCGCAAAGGUUGCUUGUCCUUACGGAUUCUGGCACGACUGGUGGGUCUCCUGGCGGCUUCCAUACAAGCCAUCUUUCCGGCCCCCUUGCACUGCCGAGCCCUUCAGAGGCUCAAGAUCUUACAUCUACGCCAGGGCCUCAGAUACGCGGACAAGGUACCCCUUUGUCCGGCUGCUAUCGAAGAGUUACACUGGUGGCUUCGACAUGCCGUCGAGUGGAACGGCAAAGCCAUCUUCCACCCUUACCCAGACGUCAUCAUAGAGUCGGACGCGAGCCGACUUGGCUGGGGCGCCCGAUGCGGGGAGAUUUCCACCGGGGGGACCUGGUCCGUCAAGGAGAUCGAUCUGCAUAUCAAUGCAUUGGAGCUUCUGGCAGCGUAUUUUGCAGUCAAGAGUUUCAUGCCUCGUUCGUCCAAUUGUUGUGUGUUACUACGCAUGGACAACGUGGCGGCGGUCCAAUACAUCAACCGUUUGGGGGGCACCAGGUCCAAGAUCCUGGCGGAUCUUGCCAAAGACUUCUGGCAUUUUUGCCUGGCCCGCAACAUUAUCCCGGUAGCGGAGUACAUUCCGGGGGUCUCCAAUACGGUGGCCGAUUGGAACUCUCGCUAUCUCAUCGAUUCCAGCGACUGGCGGCUGGAUCGCUCCAUCUUCCUGCAACUACGGCAACUGUGAGGUCCGUUGCAAGUGGACCUUUUCGCGUCCCGCCUCAAUCGGCAACUGCCCCGUUUUUUCAGCUGGAGACCGGACCCAGAGGCAUCUGCGGUAGACGCUCUCCGCCUCGUCUGGCCGACGGGAACGCAUUAUGCUUUUCCUCCCUUUCAGUUGAUCCCCCGGGUUCUCCUACAUGCGACGAACCAGAGAGCGACGGUUGUGAUGAUCACCCCUUGGUGGCCGACGCAGCCAUGGUUUCCCCUCCUUCUGGGGAUGGCUGUGGAUUAUCCCAGAGUGCUACCCCACUUUCCACACCUUCUCACCAACCCGACCGGGGAUCUCCAUCCUCUGAUCAUGGAAGGCAAACUUCCUCUCCUAGCGUGGUUGGUUUCGGGGUCUCAGACGCGGAUCACGACCUUUCAAAAUCAGCUAGGGAUCUCCUCGCCCUGGCCUGGGCCCCCGGGACUAGAUCGGCUUAUCGAUCAGCCUGGAGGCUCUGGGUUCGUUGGUGUGAUCAACGGCAGGCUGAUCCCGUACAUGCACCUGUGUCUGUAGUGGUGAACUAUCUGGCAGAUUCUUUUGAAUCUGGCAAAUCCUACAGUUCCAUUAAUGUAUACCGAUCGGCUAUUGCGGCUUACCAUUGCCCUGUGGACUCCCUACCGAUCGGCAAACACCCGCUGGUUUGUAGACUUUUGCGCGGCAUAAAAUUUCAACGUCCCCCUAGGCCUAGGUAUCAUUCGACCUGGGAUGUCUCCAGGCUGCUCGAUAUGUUUACUUCAUGGCCGGACAAUGACGACCUCUCCCUGAAAAGGUUGUCAUAUAAGUUGACGGUCCUUCUUUGUUUGGUGUCCAUCAAACGUGUCUCCGACGUGAAGGCUUUGGACGUCUCUAGACGACAAUUUUCGCCUCAGGGAGUGAGAUUCUCGGUGGUCCGUAGGACCAAGACGGGUAUUCAUUCGGUUUUUUAUCCGUUUUUUCCUGCGCACCCGAAGCUUUGCGUUGUUCGUUGCCUACAGGCGUACGAAUCACAGACGGCGGAUCUGCGCUCUCCGGAUUCCCCUCAGCUCCUCGUCUCUUAUGUCAGACCCCAUCUUCCAGUUGCCUCCGCUACUCUAGCGCGUUGGGUACGUUCCGCCAUGGACAUGGCGGGUAUUGAUAUAUCUCUGUUCGGAGCUCACUCGUCCAGGGGCGCUAUGGCUACGAAGAUAGUCACGGCAGGGGGCUCCCUCUCCGACUUAUUGAUGGCGGCUGAUUGGUCUUCAGAGACCACCUUCCGUCAGUUCUACUUCAGACCGGAGGACCACGUGUCUAUGUCAGUCUUAUAAUACUCUAGCUGUUUAUUAUUUCUUUGUCUUAACUAAUUGUUAGCUUCGAACUUGCAUAAGAUAUGAGCCUCCUGUCUGAUAUAUAAAUCGAGAUUUUCCUAGCUUGUGACGGAAAAUAUUAGUUAUAUGAAGACAGGAGGCGAGUAUCUUCCCUCCCUACCCACCCUAUUACGACUUUUUGUUCUCUUUACAGGAUAUUGAACGCGAAGGCGGUGUUCCUGAGUUUGGUUGACCGGUCGUUUUCCGGCUGUUUGGUUCCUCUACGGUCCCCGUUGGGACGAAGUUGGGUUUUCCCUGCCAUCUAGGCUUCUGCUGCCCGAGGUCGAAGGACCGAGUGUUCGCGUGCAACUGUGGAUGUCUGGAUAAAGUCGUUUGUGCGGUUCUGAUUCGCAUGAAGAAAGAGGAAGAUCUAUAUGGGGGCAGUCCUUAUAUAGGGGCUACGGAGGAGGAGUGACUACUGUGGCCCUAGGACUGCUGGGAGUUGUAGUUUUUUCUUUUAUUAAAUUGAAUACCAAAGUGUUCUACUAUGGGCAUUA